ACUCCCCCAAAAAGUCCAAGCCUAGCAAGCACCGCAGCCGAGACCUCCUCAACUCAUCUGACUACAUCUACAGAAUCGACAACAUUGGAAACAGAAGUUGAUGAAGAUGAUGUUGAAAUUCAAAGUGAAGCCCCCCUGACCUCCCUAACAGCAUCUUCAACAAAGAAAAGAAAAACUUCUUCGGUGUCUAAUGGAAAGAAAUUAACUGAAAGCUUUUGUUGGCUAGAUAAUACUAAAGAUUUCCUAUUUUGUAAAUAUUGCCAGAUUAAAUUAAUAGGCAACAAAUUCCAUUUAACCAGGCAUGGAAAAAAUUCACUUCAUCUAAACCGAGUUAAGGCUGCAGGCAAGACAUCUGCAAUAUCUACUUUAUUGCAAGAGCCAUCUCAGCAGAAAAAGGUCAAUGCAAUUAAGGAGGCAGAGUUAAGACUUUGUUGUUAUAUUGCUGAACAAAACUUGCCUAUGCUUUUAAUGGAUACCCUUCCUUUAUUAAAUAAAAAACUGUUAAGCUCAAUCAAACGGUUAAAAGCUACAAAGCUAAUUACUGGCGUAUUGGGACCAGCUUUUAAGACUGAAAUUAUUAAUGAUCUAAAAAAUGUCAAAUUUUCUAUAAUUAUUGAUGAGACAACAGAUUUAAGUGUUAAAAAGUCAUUAGUAAUUGUAACCAGAUAUUGGAGGCAGGGACAAAUUCAAGACCGGUUUUUGGAUUUGGUUGAGGUCGAAGAAGCGACUAGUGAAGCCCUAUUCAACAUAAUAAAAAACAUUUUAGUGGAAAAUGGAAUCCCAUUUAACAAUGUUAUUGGUUUUGCUUCUGACAACGCCAGUACCAUGAUGGGAGUUGUAAAAGGUGUCCAGGCUCGAUUUAAGGAAAUUUUAUCUCACAUUUAUGUGCAAGGUUGCACUUGCCAUUCCCUUCACCCCUGCUCUUCAGCUGCAGCAAAAAAACUGCCAAACACUGUCGAGCAGUUUACAAGGGAUAUUUAUACAUACUUUGCCCAUAGCAGCAAGAGGAUUUCUGAGCUAAAGGAAUGUCAGAUUUUUGCUAAUGAAAAGCCACAUAAGAUGUUACAUCCUAGUCAGACAAGGUGGCUAUCUUUAAAGAAUGUUGUGGACAGAAUUUUGGAGCAUUGGAAUUCUUUAAUCUUAUUUUUUCAAAGAGCAGCUCUAGAGUAUAAUCUUCCCAGUGCAAGGUCUAUUUUAAAUGUUCUGCAAAAUAUAGAGUACAAAUUAUAUCUACUGUUUUUGGCUUAUGUUUUAGAAUUAAUUAACAAGGUAAACAUAGAACUACAGUCGGAAAGUCCAAAGCUUCCAAUUUUAUUAAAUAGAAUUUCAGCAUUGUAUAGAACUCUUGUAAGAUGUUUUAUUAAAAAAAAUAUCUUAGAUAAAACUUCCAUCCAAGCCAUAAACAUAAAUGAUCCUGCAAACUAUGUGCCUCUUGACCAAUUAUUUGCAGGGGCAAAAGUGGAUGGACUGUUGACAUCUUCAAAUAUUUUAUGUAGUAAAGAGGUGUUCAAAAUUUUAGGGUGA